GUUUAAUGUCGAGGAUAAAUUGAUGCUGUAAAUGUAAUAGACGUAAACUCGACAUCGAAAAAAGCUGAACGCGCAGUGCUGUAGCUAUAGAAAACAACGUAUGAUCCCAUAACAACGGUUGACGUCAAACCAGGAAAACCGAAUAUUCUUUUGGCGAACUGCGCAUGCGCCGCUCCAUGGAGUGGGGAGCUCCUUUUCCGGGAAGAAGAGCAAGCGGCGAGCAGGAACCGGAGUCGUUCUGUUUGGUGUUGUAAAAUGACAGCCAUUACGAUUUCGCCGGCUACACAUGGAAUUAUUCAAGUUAUAAACGAAAGCAAUCUAUGUAAAAUCGAGAGCUACCUCAAUGACACGGCGUACAGAGAAUCCAUCGAGAAUGCCUCGAAUUAUAAUAGUCGACUGUGCAAGGAACGACGGCUACGAAUGCCUUUCCUCGACUCGCAGACAGGUGUGGCGAUGAACCAUUCAGCACUGUUUAUGUCAGCGAGGGAAAGGCUUCCAGGUUUAUUGCACGGUCAAAUAUACACGUAUCCUAGUAAAAGAUGGCGAAAGAAACGGCGUCAAUAUUUGAUGCAUUACUUGCAUCCAAAACGAGGACCAAGAGGAGACCCGGAAGACUGCGUCGAGGGCGUAGAAACUGUGACGCAUGUAAACGAUGAAAUCAAAGAAUCAGUUGUUCUUAAAGUUUUUCCAGAGGAACAUCAUAGCAAAGAUGCUUGGUACUACGACGAGCAGGACAUGUUGGAUAUGGACACAUACGACGAACCUGAUCCUGAAAGCGACUACGAUUACGAAGAGAGCUACAGUAGUAAGAGGAAACGAAGGAAACCACGCGGUGCUGGUCAUCAUCCUACACGAAGUCACCCCCCUACCACAGACAGCCCUGGGAGUAAGCGUACAAAGGGUGGGGGACGUGGGCGGAAAAAAAACAACUAUGACGCUGCUGACACUGAUAAGCCAUUCGUUUGUGACCUAUGCAGCGCACGGUAUAAAACCAGACCUGGUCUGGUCUACCAUUACGGUCAUUCCCACUCUACUUCCUCCGGUGAUCCUGCUAAGGAACUAAGUCCCAGUCCUGCCGAAGUUGAACCUAGGAGCGUUGCAGACACCGCUGCUUCGAACCAGCCAGGUGGUACACGUCGGGGUCGUCAGAACGCAACCUCAUCGAGUACUUCGAGUCCCUCUCCCGCAGCACCUUCCGCGUCCGCUGCGGGAGCGUCCACGCAGCCUCAGCCGCAGUCGCAGCAGCCCCAGCCGGCCCAGCCUCAGCAGCAACCGUCGCCCCAGCAGGCGCCCACGCAACCGUUGCCUCCUGCCCAGGCGACGGUGGCGCCUCUCUCGCCCACCGUUCCACCAGCGAAGGAAGAUCUGCCGACCGCCUCGUCGCCCGGCACCGCCGUUCCUUCGCCGUCCUCGGUGAGGACGGAGGGGCCGCCCACCCCUGGAAACAAUGAAAAAAAAGCUGGCAAAUCAGCCCAACCUUCCCCGUACUGCGACUUCUGUCUGGGCGACGCUAGGGAAAAUAAAAAAACCGGCGGAUCCGAGGAAUUGGUCUCUUGCAGUGAUUGCGGUCGCUCAGAUUUACGGAUACACAAGACGACGCAAGUUGCAACGCGCACGUACUCGACGCUAGGUUUCCUUGUUAUGUCAUGUUACGUCCGUCACGUCGACGAGCGAUACAGAGAUAGGCGAUUAAUUUUACGGUGCGUCUAAUCAACCGAGAAUGCAGCGUUCUCCGUGCAGAACAAUUUUCUAGAUGGUCGUCGAGCGUCACGCCUCGGUUCUGUGUCCUUUAACCCUCGGAGGACUUCUGGAUCGCGAGCAUCUUUCAAAUACUCGCAACUUGUUCUUUUUUGCUUCCUCUAAAUAUCAACGGUGGCUUCGUACAGUUGCAACAAAUUGUAAAUAUCAAAACGUGAGAUAGUACUCGUGCAUAAUUGAUCUCCAAAUUUCAGAUUCAUCCUAUCCUUUUAUAAAAAUAUUAAAUUAAAUAAUUACUUAUAAAAAUAUUAAUGAUUCGUUACGUUUCACUCGAUGUAAAUGGUUACUUUUGCAGAUGUAAUCAUAAUCGUUGCGAGAGUCGAUUCGAAUCUAAUGAAAUUUUCAUUCUGCAGGAAUCUCGAAUGACCUCAGAAGUCGUCCUAGGGUUAACCGUUCCCCGUACACUUUCCAGUCUUUGCAAAAGAAACGAAACGGAGAAGGUGUCGCAAGAUUUUUAGACCAGAGAUGACCAACUGGAUUAGUUGCGAGCACGACCAACCGCAACGUUCGAUUCGUCCGUAACGACGGAAGAUAUUAAUUUGCACGAGGCUAUUGGCCGUGCGCCAUAACUAAUCGCGUUGAUCAUCCUCGUCUUAGAGUAUCGUUAUAAUUUGCCAUCCGGUAGCGGCCAUGCGACGAGAAUAAAUUCAAAAGGUGAAUCGCUGUCGUAUCUCCCGGUACUCUUAAAUAUUUAUCGUAAGAGAAACUCACAUGGUAUAGUAUAAGAGAGGCAGGAAACAAAAACAAAAAAAAAGAAAAAAUGAUGAAAACGAAAAAUACGAAAAAAUACGAAAGCAUGCAAAUAGUUCCUCCUUGUUAUAUAAAAAUCGAAGACUUGUUAUUAGGCAAUUUUUAAUUAAGCAAUACCCAUGAGGCUUACAAAUCUAGUAUUUAAGUAACACUAGUUAUAUAUAAAUAUAUAUAUAUAUAUAUAUUAUAUCAUAUCAUAUGUAUAUCAUAUAUAUAUGUAUAUAUAUAUAUGAAAUGUGAUACGUUAUAUGAGUUGUGUGCGUGUGUAGAAGAAUGAGAAAAAAGUGAACGAGGGAAACAGCGUGAAAGUGAACGAAUGAGAGAAUUUUUGGAGAUUAUGCGAGUGAGAGAGUGUGCUGGUCCGCGACGUUUAUAUUGUGCUGCGCAAGAAAGAACGUGAACUAUUCCAAGGUACGCACCGCUAUUACUUUACCACCUUUACUAUUCCAAAUAAAAUAACAAUAUGUUCAAGAGGUGACAUCAAAAGAAAUCGCAGAUAUCAUAAAAUAAAACAUUCUGUGCGGAAACAUAACAAAA